AUGAGGAUUUUUGUGGCUUUUGAAGGAUCUUUUGAGGCGUUUGAUGUUUCUGCACACGAAUCUGUGGAAGCCAUCAAGCAGAUGGUAAAGGAUUAUUUCCACAUUCCUCUUUCUGAAGACCAACAAGGCAGGUGGUAUUUAGAGCUGAUGUACGCCGGAGCUGCCCUAAGGAACAACUGGAGGCUGUCAGAUGUUGGGAUAUCUUUCUGCGCAACUCUCAAAUGCUUCGUUAAGAAAGAAGACAAGCCUACCCUGUAUGUGUUUAAUGCUGUGACCCAGGAGAUGAUGCCAAUGAUGGAGAGUGUGUCUAUUCUGGAUAAAAAGGUGUCCGACCUGAGAAGGCUGGUAACUUUGAGGUGUGGCUUCCCCGUGAGUGUCUACUGUCUGCGGACACCAGAGGGACUGGAGAUGUAUGAUUGCAACGCCCUCAGGGACUACUGCACUGAUAUCGGCAGAACACUUCGUUUGGAUGUCUGGGAUGGAUGGAAGGAAUUUCUCAUGGGAUGUCUUCUCGGGCAAAAGCCUAAAGUCCAGCGAUUCUUAUCAAAAGAAGGACCAGUACUCAAGUACCAGAAAAGGGUAGCCCUGUACAUCGCUGCCUUUCACGGACACACUGAACUCACUGAAUGGGCUCUGAAGCAGGGCGCGCAGCCACACGAGGCGGUUGGUGUUCACCCUUAUCGAGCCUGGUGCCACGAAGCCCUUCACGCGGACGUCUCUGACUGCCCUAUUCACGCAGCUGCAGAAGCCGGCCAACUGCUAAUUCUGAAGGCCUUUGUCAACUGCGAUGUCCUGUGCCUUGAAUGUAAAAAUGCAGCCGGGCGAACGCCCCUGGCCAUUGCAGCGAAACGCCAGCAUGAAGCCUGUGUAUUAUAUUUACUGAAUAAAAUGUGGUCCACAGUUUCUUUUCUAAAACUUUCAGUUCCGAUGAGGAUUUAUAUUAAAAUAAAAGAGUGGAUUCUCAGAGCUCAGAGUCAUAGGGGCCAGAAAAGCCAGCUUGGCAGAGCAAGAAUCUCUGGGGCAAAAGUUGGAGACACCGUGGUGGUGGAUGGGUUUACUAAGCCAAAAAUGACUUCCAAGAGCUGGCACAAGGCUGGAGACAAGAACUGGCAAAGCACUCGGAGUAAACUACAACUUUGCAAGCAACAAUCAAGCAGGAAACCCGUCGAUUCUUUACUAAGUUCACAAAGGGACACCGGAAAACAAAUCACACUCCCAUCCUUAGUAAAAACAAAUACGUCCUCAGAACCACAACGUCAUCAACAAGAAAGCCAGCAAAAUAAAACUGCCCCAAAUGGGAGAAAAGAAAAGUACAUAAGAAAUGCCUAUCUCCCCCAGAUCCCGCUUCCCCCAGUCUCCAGAGUGGAUUAUCCCCACCGAAUGCUCCACUGCGCUCCGCCCGGUGCCAAGCGUUUGCUAAGAUCCUUCUGCGCAUCUUUCUCAGAGCACAGUGGAAGGACUCCGAGAGAGAACGCCAUCUACUGCUUAGCUGUGGCAAGCGCCUUUAAGGAGAAGCGAUGGCUCCAACAAUUAGAAAUAGCAAAGGUCCUGGCCAAAAAGAGCAUUUCUAACCUGACUGUCCAAGGAGGUCCAGAAAAGUGUGAAAACCUUCCAGAAAUUUUGCUUUGAAAAGUCACAUAAGCCCUGGAUUGGAGCAUGAUAUGGUCAAAUAGAGUCUCCAUUUCUAACGUCAACAUAUCAAACUACAAUUCUAGUGCUACAUGGCUUCAGCCGGGUGUUGAAUGCUUUACAGCAAGCUUUCUUAGACACUGUACUAUUCAACGUUCUCUAGAGGAGCAGAACCCAAAAUGACUAUGUAUUGGAAGGGUUUAUGAGGUUGGCUCACAGAUGUUUGGAUGGUCCAACAGCAGCUCCCUUCACACUGAUGAAACUGGUGCCUGCUUGAUCCAGGAGGAUGGACAGUUCCACCGUUCCAACCUGGUGCCAAGGCGGGAAGGAUGCCUGGUCUUCAUAUCAGCAGCCAGAAUAAAAUGGAUUUUUCUGUCAGGGAAGAAAGGCAGCAGCAACAACAACAGGGGAAAUUGAGGCACAAGGGCAAGCAGGCAAGAAGCAAAGCUUUCCCCUGGGACACCUUACUUGUGACUGUUGUGGUGUUUUGAAUAAGAAUGCCUCCCCCCACAGGCUCAUAUAUUUGAAUCCUUAGGUUUUUGGUUUUUUGUUUUUUUUGAGGAAGUAGUUCACUGGAGAUGUGUUUUGAUGUUUCAGAAGCCCAUGCUAGGCCCCAUCUCUCUGCCUGUGGAUCAGCUGCUACUCCAGCACCUGUCUGCAGGCUACCAUGCUCCCCACCAUGAUGAUAACAGACUAAACCUCUGAAACUGUAAGCCAGCCCCAAUUAAAUGUUUUCUUUCAUAAGAGUCACCUUGGUCAUGUGUCUCUUCACAGCCAUAGAGCAGAGACUGAGACAGCUGCUAUUAGAAGAUGCCAUGUG